UUUGAAACGAACAUUCCAUUGAAAUUCAGCGGAGAAUUGGAGAAAGAAAAAGAGUUUUCCCUUUUCACUUUCGCUGAUUUUCCCACCAAAGAUGAGUGCAACGGAGCCCAAUCCGAUGGCCGCCGCUGCCCUUAUCACUUCACUCUCCAACAGCUUUCGGCAAGUUCCUCUAUCCGCCAUUCCGCCUAUGUUGGAUUGCGUCCUAGCCUCCACUCCUUUACCUCCUAUGUCCAUUUUCUCUUCUCUUCUCGACGAUCUCCACAAUCUCAUCGAGCGUGCUAACAGGGAUGGGAAGUUGGAUUCCGAUCAUCGUACCAAUAUUGCGUCAAUGGUUGGAGCAUUAUGCCAUCUUCUUACUGAAGCGAAGACUAAUCAUGAAGGCCUGCAGUCUUUUUUAAGAAAAGGUUUUAUCCCGCUGAUGAAAAUGGGACAUGAAUUUGACCGUGAGCUUCUUAACCAGAUUGCAGAUUCAUUCUUUGAUGUUGUGCAAAAGACUAAUGCUUGGGCAGUUCUGGAAGCAACUUUGGUGCCUUUUUUCCUAAGAUCGGUUGGUGUUUCUGCUAGUAUAAUUAAAAAUGAAGAAUUGGAUGGUACCGGAUGGUAUAGAAGCUCAGUUUUCCUGGUCUCAAAUGACCUGAUAGAAAAUUUGGAUAUGGACAAGGAUUAUAUGCUUGCUCUAUCCGGAUCUUUUCCGUUACCACUAUCAUGCCAUGUUUUAAGCAUAAUUUUGGAUGCUGCACUACGAACUUUUCAAGCUGCUCCAGUUACAGACUCAGUUUUGGAAAAUGGGUGCUGUUAUGCUCCAAAGUUCAUUGCUAAUUUACUUUGGAAUUUGUGUAAUGUUACCGAAAGAUUACUUUUACAAUGUUCGGAAAAUCGGUCUUGUACAGUUGGCUUUUUGCUACCUGUCAUUUUCAAAGCAUUUGUUUCUCACAGCUCUUUUAAAGUCUCAGUUCAUGGGCAGACGCAUAUACUUUCCAGGAAUCGUUUCUUUAUGAGAAUGUGGAGAUGCUGUGGAAGAUUGUUCUCUCUUGGAUCUUUAGAGAGGAGAGAUGCAUACAGUAUACUCUCCCUGUAUUUGUCUUAUUUCUCUUGUACUGAAACUUCUGAAAACUCUGACAUUAGUGAUGGGGCAGAAGAAUUUGAUGUAAGUAGUGAAAAAGAACUGUGGAAUGAAAUCAAAGCAGGACUGGUUGAUGAGGAGGGCCUAGUGAGGAAGCAAUCAUUGCAUAUAUUGAAGACAGUGUUAUGUAUGAGUAGUGGAAGCCAAUGCCAUUCUGGUAUUUCAGAGAAACAAUCCCAAGGGAAACAUUCAGUUCCUCAUGGUGUGACAAAGAGAGAGCUGUGGGCUUAUAAUGAAGCGAAGUCACUGGGGGUAGGAAAAGUCUGCAGCUUAGUUGAUUCAGGCUUGAACAGUCAGCAGCAGUGGGAGGCAUUCUUUCUCCUAUUUGAAAUGCUUGAAGAGUAUGGUACUCACCUUGUAGAAGCUGCUUGGAAUCAUCAGAUAACUUUGUUGCUUCAGUUUUCUGCCUCAGAUGAUAACUUUGUGAGUGCUAUUAGCAGAGGUGUCCAUCAAAAUCAGUCAGAAACUUGGGGUGAAGUCUUUAGCUGGUUAUCAAUUUUGUGGAAGCGAGGCUUUUGUCAUGAUAAUCCUCAAGUUAGAUGCAUGAUCAUGCAGUCAUUUUUGGGGAUUGAAUGGACAAAAUAUGGAAGCUGUGUGAAGUCGGUACCUGAAAUUUUUAUUCUUGGUCCUUUGAUGGAAGCUUUGAAUGAUCCAGUACACCAUAAUGAUUUUGGUGUUAAAGGAGUUUACUCUUCAAAAACAAUUGAGGGUGCAGCUCAAUUUUUGCAUCAUUAUUCAAGUUACCUGGAUUCAAGGGAAAGGAUUGUCUUUUUAAGUAGCUUAGUAUCCCUCGCUAAAAGGAAGUCUUUCAGUAGAGCUGGAUUGAUGGGUCUUGCAGAAUGUAUCGCUGCAUCUGCUUUGGGGGCUUGCAAAUACAUCGACAAUGAAGUGAAGUUUUCCAAAGAUGGUUUUGUUGAUAAAGUCCAACAGGAAAAUUCUUUGCAGAACUUUCUGCAUGAUGAUGGGACAGAGUUGCUGGAUGUUUUCAGAUAUGUUCUCGAGAGCAGCAAGCAACAUUUCAAUCCUAAUUACCGUUUUCGAGUCUGUGAAAAAGUAGUGGACGCUGCUGCUUUAUUGGUGCCUGCAAGUGAUGUUCCUCUUGAGACACUUUUGCACUUCAUUUCAACAUUGCCACGGGAAUUUACUGAUUAUGGUGGUUCUCUACGUGUAAGAGUACAAGACUGGCUUUUGCAGAAUCAUUGCACUCCUCAUUGUGGUGGUACCUGGAUGCAGCUUUUGGAUAGUCUUUAUGGCUUUCCAAAAAGGUUCAUUACUCAUAAUUAUCUGGUUGAAAAUUUUAAUGAUGAAGACUUGGAUGCAUGGGAUCUUGAAGUGAGAAGAUGGGCAAGAGUACUCUUUCUUGUAAUCAAGGAAGAACAUCAAUUAGUACCUUUACUGAUGUUUAUUCAAAAUCAUGGAACAAAUAUCUGUAAACAGAAAAACAAUUCAGAGUGGAUACCUGUGAAGUUUCUCACACUUAUCUUGGGCUUGAUUCAAGAGAUCCAGGUGAUGCAGAGCAGAGUUGCUAAACUUGGUGUAAGAAUUCAAAUCAAAUCUGAAAUGGGCCUGCUGGAGACAGAGGAGCGACCAAAUAAUGUAGAAGCUUCAAUCGUUUACAAGAUGUUCACCGACCCUUUACUUUUUAUAUUGGAGGAACUUGUGUCCUUUGCCAACUUGUCUUGUUCCAUAUUCUUGUCCAGUUCUGAGAUCGAUGACAAGGUUCUGCCUAGUUCUGUGAGAGGAAAACUUGGAGGUCCUAGUCAGCGACGAUUAUCAAAUUCUUUGACAACUGCUGUGUUACAAGCUAUAAUGUCUGUCAAAGCUGUUGCAUGCAUAUCUGCCUGGUGUGCACAAAUGAGAUUUGGCAUUCUGUUAAAUUCUGCCUUUACUUUUGUUUGGAAAUUCUUCUGUAACACUAUUGCUUCUCUGACUUGUAACUCUGAGUCUGAAGCUGAAGUUUGUCUUGCUGCAUAUGAAGCAUUAGCUCCUGCUCUGAAAGCACUUGUCUCUACAUUCUCUCCUCAAACUUUGGACCUUUUCAGGGAAAAUUGCAAGUCAUUAGUACCUGCAGUAGAAGGUGAACCUUGGUUAGGUUCAGUAGUUCUUUCUUUUCUUCAGAAUAUCAAUGAUCUUCUGACCGUCAGAUUCAUGGCACGCACUAGGCGGGCAGUUUUGCUUAAUUGGAAGUGGGUUUGCUUAGAGUCUCUGCUCUUGAUUCCUUACUAUGCUUUUGAGAGUAAGCUUCAUGUAGAGGAUGGUAGAUUUUUUUUCUCAGAUGCUGCUGUCAGACACAUUGUUACUGAUAUUCUUGAAAGUCUUGAGAAUGCUGGGGAGGGUUCUGUUUUACCCAUGUUGAGAUCCAUCAGACUGGCCUUGGAGCUAUUUACUCCAGGAAGGUUGUCUGCGGUUGUUUCCCACUGCAGUGGUAUAGAUUUUCAGAUGAUUUGGCAUUUGGUUCGAUCCUCUUGGAUAUUGCAUGUCAGCUGCAACAAGCGGAGAGUUGCACCUAUUGCUGCACUUUUAUCUUCUGUCUUGCAUCCUUCCUUGUUUAGUGAUGGGGACAUGCAUGAAACUGAUAAUGAACCUGGGCCCCUGAAAUGGUUUGUUGAAAAGCUUCUGGAGGAAGGCACAAAAAGUCCUCGGACAAUUCGUCUUGCAGCUUUACAUUUGACAGGGCUCUGGCUCUCAAAUCCAAGGACCAUAAAAUACUACAUAAAAGAACUGAAGCUGCUAACACUCUACGGUUCUGUUGCUUUUGAUGAGGAUUUUGAAGCUGAGUUAACUGAAAAUCAUGAUGCAAGAACUGAAGUUACAUUAUUGGCUAAAAAUCCAGACCCUGAGUUGACUGAAUUGUUUAUCAACACAGAGUUGUAUGCACGUGUGUCUGUUGCUGUUCUCUUUUACAAGCUGGCUGACUUGACUAAUAUGGUGGGAUCAUCAAGUGGAAACAAAGAUUACCAGGCAGCCCUUGAAUCUGGAAAAUUGUUUCUGCUAGAGCUUCUGGAUUCUGUGGUAAAUGAUAAGGAUCUUGCAAAAGAGUUGUAUAAGAAGUAUAGUGCGAUCCAUAGACGAAAAAUACGUGCUUGGCAGAUGAUAUGUGUUCUGUCACAAUUUGUUGAUGAUGAUAUAGUUGGAGAAGUUGCUCAUUGCUUGCACAUAGCCCUUUAUAGGAACAACUUACCUUCUGUUCGACAGUACUUGGAAACAUUUGCAAUUAAUAUUUACUUGAAGUUUCCAUCUUUGGUUGCAGAGCAAUUGGUUCCCACAUUACGAGAUUAUGACAUGAGGCCCCAGGCCCUUUCUUCCUAUGUGUUCGUGGCGGCAAAUGUGAUCAUCCAUGCUUCUAAAGAGACUCAAUUCAGGCAUUUGGAUGAAUUACUUCCUCCCAUACUUCCAUUGUUAACCUCACAUCAUCAUAGUUUACGUGGCUUUACUCAGGUUUUGGUACAUCAAGUACUUUGCAAACUUUUUCCUCCCAUGGAUCCUAGAAGCUCUGAAUUCAUACCUUUGGAAAAAAGGUGCUUUGAGGAUUUGAAAUUAUACCUGGCAAAGAAUUCUGAUUGCAUGCGCUUGCGAGCUUCAAUGGAAGGCUAUCUUGAUGCUUAUAAUCCAAAAAACUCUGCUACUCCUGCUGGAAUUUUUGUUAGUCGCGUAGAGGAAAUCGAGUUUGAAUGUGUUCCAACAUCCCUCAUGGAGCAAGUGCUUAAUUUUUUAAAUGAUGUGAGGGAAGAUCUGAGAUGUUCGAUGGCAAAGGAUACAGUGACAAUCAAGAAUGAGAGUCUAAAUAUCAGUGAAGAUCCUGAAUCAAUCGAGAAACUGUCUACUGCUUGUAAAGAGAGAUUGUUUACUGAGUUGUCUAAAGAUGCACAUUUGGACUUCCAGAAAAAGAUUACUUUCUCUAAUCAUGAGAAGCAGGACAUGAAUUCCAGUUCCUUAUUGGGCAAAGAAGAAGUGUACAAGCAACUUCUAGAAAUGGAGAAGGAAGAUGGUCUUCUUGAUCAGUUGUUGAAGUCUAGAAGCAUGGCUAUGGAAAGGAUAAGAGGAAACCGGCAGCAUAUUAUCCUAGUAGCAUCAUUGCUUGAUCGCAUACCCAACCUUGCUGGAUUGGCACGUACCAGUGAGGUUUUUAAAGCGUCAGGAUUAGCUGUUGCAGAUGCAAAAAUAGUACAUGACAAACAAUUUCAACUCAUCAGUGUGACAGCAGAGAAGUGGGUUCCUAUCAUAGAAGUCCCUGUAAAUAGUGUGAAACAAUUCUUGGAGAAAAAGAAGCGAGAAGGUUACUCGAUCUUGGGGUUAGAGCAAACUGCAAACAGUGUACCUCUUGAUCAGUACAUUUAUCCCAAAAAGACUGUCUUGGUGCUUGGGCGUGAAAAGGAGGGUAUACCUGUGGAUAUAAUUCAUAUAUUGGAUGCUUGUAUCGAGAUUCCUCAGUUGGGGGUUGUUAGAUCACUUAAUGUACAUGUCAGUGGAGCCAUUGCGCUCUGGGAGUAUACUCGACAGCAACGAUUAUAAUAGUUCAUUACUUCUUGACAGGAUAUACGUUGGAGCUAACUUGAAAUUCUACUCGUCAUUGUGUACUUGACAGCAGCAGUCUUAAUAUCUUUAUCCUCUCCCUUGGAUAGGUCUUUUUUACUAAAGACCAUAUUGUAAUAUCUUCAGUUUCUAUCAGUCAGGCCCAUUGUAAUUUAUUUGUUGUAUCUGAUUGUAAUUUGUUUAUGUACUAUUUUUGGGCGAUAUGCCCUAGAAACUCACAUUCUUCUCCAUUUUUAGUGAUUAAGCUGAAGAAAAGCAGGUGAUGUUGGUGAAAUCAUCAAAAUUCAUGCUUUUGUUUUUGAAUCAAGUCUAGAUCAGGAUGCAUACUGUUGAUUAACACUGAUUGAAACAGCUCAGAUAUUCUGAAGGAUUCAGUAAUUUUUGAUUGUCAUGUUUGAGUGAAUGUUUGCUUUUGUAACCUGUUUCACUACAUCUAAUAUGGGCUCAUGUUUCUUGAGUAUGGGACAAAUUAAUGGAUGGUGAACAUUAGCUGCCAUUUGGAGAGAUCAGACACAGUUGUUUGUACCAAAACUUGCAUGACAUUAUCUGAUUUGGGAACAAUAAAUUGUUGAUCUUCUUGAUUAAACUGAGGAUGCUUAACUUUAUAUUGGCAUGAUUUUAAACCUCAACUUUUUCUCUUUAGAUUGUGAGCUUGAAUUGCCAUUGGGUUCUUUUUCCCUAGCAGAGUUGUUCUUUGCCUGUUUUAUUAGGACUAAUGCAAUUUCACCAUGAUUUAUAGAUUUUUUCCCUACCUGUCUAUACAGUUUACACUUAAUGCCAGAGAGAAUAUGUCCACUUGCAUGAUCAAGUUGGUUUGAAAAUGACAAAUGCAUGUGUGGUUGGGUUGCAUUGCAUGAAAGUAGUUUGCAUCGCAUGAAAGUAGUUUGCAUCUCUUCAACCAUCUUCCUUAUAAUUUGUAGACAUUGAAGGGAUAUUUCUUCCUUGAGUCUUAGAAACGAACAGGUUGUGCAAAAACAGUAACACAUUGUUAAUUGCCUUGCUUUGUACUGCAUUUCUCAUAUAUUUCAUUAUUACUACCCUUCUAUUUGCAGAGGCUAAGGUCUUCAUGGUUUUAAUGGAGGAAGGAAGAGCCUACUCUGUCUCUCACAACAAAACAAAAACACCACAGGAGUGAGAAAAACACAGUUGCGUACAAAGAGAAAAUAAGUAGUAGCCACACCAUUUUCUUGGAGUCUCACUUGCAGAAAGGAUCCUACACCAAACUCUACAGCUAUACUCAUUUGCUCAAUGGGUUUGCAGUCCAUGUUACUUUGGAAAAGGUUCUCAGCAUCCUGCAAAACGCAACUGGGGUUAGGUUCAUCCAUGAAGACGUCAAAGUGGAGAAGCUUACAACACAUUCAGCUGAUUUUCUACGAAUUCCAGCUGGUGUGUGGCGAAGAUUAGGUGGUGCAGAGACUUCUGGUGAGGGGGUUGUAAUAGGUUUCAUUGACACUGGGAUAAAUCCUUACCAUCCUAGUUUUAUGAGACAUUCGGCUUUAGGGUUUCUAAAUAGCACAAAUUAUAAGGGGAAAUGCACUUCUGGGGAGCAAUUCCCUUCAACAGCAUGCAAUGGAAAGUUAGUAGGUGCUCAAUAUUUUGCACAUGCAGCAAUCGCUAAUGGUGAUUUUAAUGCUGCUCGUGAUGUUGCAUCUCCUUAUGAUGCAGAUGGACAUGGAAGGCAGGUUAUGCCCAUACAUUGAUAAAUUUAGAGGCAAUUGGUUUUGCUGAUGGUUUA